UCCGCCCGCGGCGGCGCGCGGCUGCGGAGCGGCAGGAGCUGCCUCCUGCCUCCCCUGCCUCUCUCCUUCCCCCCAGCCCGGCGGCGGCCGUGGAAAGGAGGGUAGCGGCGUGCGAGGAUGGAGCUGUUCCAAGCCAAGGACCACUACAUCCUUCAGAGCGGGGAGCGGGCGCUCUGGUGCAGCCGGAGGGACGGCAGCCUGCAGCUGAGAGCCGCUACUGAUCUUCUUUUGGCUUGGAAUCCCAUUUGUCUGGGCCUGGUAGAAGGAGUCAUUGGCAAAGUUCAGCUUCAUACAGAUUUACCCUGGUGGCUACUUCUGAUUCGACAGAAAGCUUUGAUUGGCAAACUUCCAGGAGACCAUGAGGUUUACAAGAUAACAAAGAUUGCAGUGAUUCCACUUUCUGAAACAGAACCUCAGGAUCUGGAGUUAGAGCUUUGCAAAAAGCACCAUUUUGGGAUAAACAAGCCAGAGAAGAUUACACAGUCCCCAGAUGACACAAAAUUUCUACUGAAGACCCUGACCCAAAUUAAAUCAAAUGUGUCUGCACCAAAUAAAAAGAAGAUUAAAGAAAGCAAAGAGAAAGAGAGGCUGGAGAAGAGACUAUUGGAGGAGCUGUUCAAAAUGUUCAUGGAUUCAGACUCCUUUUACUACAGCCUUACCUAUGACCUAACAAAUUCUGUGCAGAGGCAGAGUGCGUGUGAGAAAACGAACUUAGCGCUGUGGCGGAAAGUUGAUGACAGGUUCUUUUGGAACAAGCACAUGAUUGAAGAUCUCAUCAGCAUUGAUAAUGCUGAAGUGGACUUCUGGAUUCUACCCAUCAUACAAGGAUUUGUGCAAAUUGAAGAACUUGUGGUAAACUAUAGUGAAUCUUCUGAUGAUGAUAAGAGCAGUCCUGAAACUCCUCUUCAGGAAUCCACCUGUAUAGAUGACGUUCAUCCAACGUUUUUGGUGGCACUUAUUUCACGCCGGAGUCGGCACAGAGCUGGGAUGCGGUAUAAGCGAAGAGGCGUUGACAAAAAUGGCAACGUGGCAAAUUAUGUGGAGACAGAGCAGCUGAUUCAUGUCCAUAAUCAUACCCUUUCAUUUAUACAAACAAGGGGCUCUGUGCCUGUUUUCUGGAGCCAAGUGGGUUACAGAUACAACCCACGGCCCCGACUGGACAAGAGUGAAAAUGAAACAGUGUCCUGUUUUCGUGCACACUUUGAAGAACAGCUGAAAAAUUACAAGAAGCAGGUUAUUAUUAAUUUGGUGGAUCAGACAGGCAGAGAGAAGAUUAUUGGCGAUGCUUACCUUAAGCAAGUCCUUCUGUACAACAAUGCAAACCUGACCUAUGUUUCAUUUGACUUCCAUGAGCACUGCCGAGGAAUGAAGUUUGAAAAUGUCCAAACACUGACUGAUGCCAUUCAUGAUAUUAUUCUGGACAUGAAAUGGUGCUGGGUUGACCAAGCUGGUGUGAUUUGUAAACAGGAAGGAAUUUUUCGAGUUAACUGCAUGGACUGCCUGGAUCGCACCAACGUUGUGCAGGCUGCUAUUGCGCGGGUGGUGAUGGAACAGCAGCUCAAAAAACUGGGUGUGAUGCCACCAGAACAACCUCUGCCAGUAAAAUGCAAUAGGAUCUACCAGAUCAUAUGGGCAAACAAUGGAGAUGCCAUAAGCAGGCAGUAUGCUGGCACAGCAGCCUUAAAGGGGGACUUCACACGAACUGGGGAAAGAAAGCUGGCAGGGGUGAUGAAGGAUGGAGUUAAUUCUGCAAACAGAUACUACUUGAAUCGUUUCAGGGAUGCUUACAGGCAAGCAGUCAUAGAUUUGAUGCAGGGUAUCCCUGUAACAGAGGACCUUUACUCCAUAUUUACAAAAGAGAAGGAGCAUGAAGCCCUGCACAAGGAGAAUCUGAGGAGCCAUCAGGAAUUGAUCAGCCAGCUGUUGCAGAGCUACAUGAAACUGCUCUUACCAGAUGAUGAGAAAUUCCAUGGAGGAUGGGCACUUAUUGACUGUGAUCCAAGUCUCAUUGAUGCCACUCAUAAGGACGUGGAUGUUCUGCUGUUACUUUCUAAUUCUGCCUACUAUGUGGCCUAUUACGAUGAUGAAAUCGACAAAGUGAAUCAAUACCAAAGGUUAAGUCUUGAAGCUCUGGAAAAAAUAGAGAUAGGGCCUGAGCCUACUCUCUUUGGCAAACCCAAGUUCUCCUGCAUGAGGCUGCAUUACAGAUCCAAAGAGGCCAGUGGGUAUUUCCACACCCUGAGAGCCGUGGUACGCAGCCCAGAUGAAGAUGGAAAAGACACGCUCCAGUGCAUUGCAGAAAUGCUGAGAAUCACCAAGCAAGCGAUGGGAUUGGAUGUGCCUAUCAUUGAGAAGAAGCUGGAGAGGAAGAGCAGUAAACCUCAUGAAGACAUCAUUGGCAUUCGGUCUCAGAACAGAGGGUCCCUGGCCCAAGGCAAGAAUUAUUUGCUGAGCAAGUUCUCAUCUCUCAAUCAGAAAGUGAAACAAACCAAAUCCAACGUCAACAUCAGCAACCUUCGCAAGUUAGGCAGCUUCACCAAACCCGAGGUGAAAGUCAACUUCUUAAAACCCAAUCUGAAAGUGAACCUUUGGAAGUCUGACAGCAGCCUGGAAACGAUGGAGAACCCAGCGGCAGAUGCUCAAGUCCAGGCUGAGUCUGACACAGAAGGCUCAGACAAUGACUCCUUCCACUCCGAUGACUUCCUGACCAACUCCAAGUCGGAUGAGGACCCGCAGCUGACUGACUCCCUGGAGAACAUAGGGCAGGCAGACUAUGUGCUGCCCAGCUGUGGGAUCAUCGCCUCGGCCCCGCGGCUGGGCAGUCGCUCCCAGUCUGUCAGCAGCACCGAGAUGAACAUCAGCAUUCAGGUGCCCUCGGAGGGCCCUGCCUGCCAGGCUGACCGCUCUGACUGUGAGGACGUGCCCAUGCCUUCUGCUGACAGUGCAGAGAUGGAACUUGCUAAGCCUAUUGAUGUCUACUGCCAGAGGUUUGUGCAUGAUGCUCAAAACAAGGUGUCAGAUGUUCUGGAGGCUGAGGUUGGUUCUCAGGAGCCCCAUCAUGUAACACAUCAAACCAGCAAUAAUACAUCUAAGAGAGCAGAAACCAAGGCUGCAGCUGUUGGGGACGUUCCUUCCAGGCCAUCAAAGCUGGAUGUACAGUCUGCUGAGCCAAACCCUCAGCUCCUAGCUGUUGGUGGGACUGAACUCACUAAACCUCAUAAAAGCCCAGGGUCUGAGACAGGACUGCACAUGACUCCUUCCCCAGCUGACAGCAGCAGCAGCAGAGCUGUGUCUCCCUUUGCUAAGAUUCGCAGCUCCAUGGUCCAGGUGGCUAACAUCACACAAGCAGGACUGACUCAAGGGAUCAAUUUUGCAGUGGCAAAGGUGCAGAAGAGCCCUGCAGAACCAGAAGCUCUGAACGAGGUCAAACAGAAAGAACUGAGAGAAAUGUUUACCCAGUGCCAGACACGAAUCAUUCAAAUCUAGCUGCUGGUUUGGGAAGUGUUCCUCUGGCUGUGGCUUUUAACACAACACCUAAAACCAGGACAACAGGACUCACUGUGGCACGGACUGCUGCAGAAUACUGGGAUCACUGAUGUGGGUAACUUGUUUACAGGAAGGGAGAGACACAAAGGGAUCAGCUUCUGACCAAGCUUCAGAAUUCCCUCAGGCAGCUGAGACAGAAGAAGGGUAACCCAUAGCUAAAGAGGUAGUGUAGACACUGGGCUUCAGUAAGAAGCAUGCUCUCUGUCCUCAAGAGGUUGCACAGUUGGGUUUGUUUUCUGUUUGAGACCAAUUUUGUAGCAAUUCUAAGUUAUCUAGAGAAGUAUUUACAGUAAAAAGGUGAUACUGCACUUCUGUGACCUUACUUAACCUUGCACUGCACCAGCAAAAGAACUUACCAGUAAGUGACACUUUAUUUCUCUUCCUGAUUUAGUAGUGUUUCUACUUGUUUCCACUGAAAGGUUUAGAUGCAGCUUCCUCUGAAUUGUGCCUCUAUGAUGGGAAUUGAUGCUUUCAUUUUUUUUUUUAUUAUGUUAACCUGGAUUUUUUUAUUAUUAUUUUCUUUCUACACAUCCUGGGACACUUUCAGUGAAGACAGAACUUACAGAUCCAGUCAAAGACCCACAGUCCUGCAGUGCAGAUUGACUUUGUAGAUUUUGCUAUUUCUCACUUGUUCUGAGGUGAGGGGAAAGGGAGCCAGUGUCCUCUAGUUGUCUUGUCCAUGCUAAAACCAUUCCUGUUUCCUCUUUCCAGAGCUCCAAACACUAGCAACUGGCUCUGUUUGUCUGUGUAAAGCCAGCCAAGCCAGAUCCCUGACCUUCAGCCUUCGUGUCCCUCUGUGCUAUGGUUUUGUUUGAGCUGUGUUGCAGCUGUCCACGUGUACUAGUCCAUGAAAUCAGUGUUGCACUAGAGCAUAGCUGUCAGCAUCUACUCUAAACCAAAUUCAUUACCAGCUCCAGCUUUUGCCUACUUGCAGCCUAAAGGCUGAGCCUCUCCUUGUGCUGGGUAAAAAACCAAACCCUUCUCUGUGUGUGUCAAAAAUACUCAGUCUCUCUGAAUUACUCUUUCCCAGGAAUGCCUUUGCCAUGCCAGUCUAGUAUAGGACAUGAUCCCAAAGCUACUGUAAAGCAGGACCUUACUCUGCUGUGGUUUGUACCCAGAGCCACCAUUAGAGCCCAGUGCCUCCCUGGUCCAGUCCAUGUACUGUAGAUAGGCUGCACGUGGUGGUGUUCCCAGAAACUCAUGUCCUAGGGGUAGGGUAGUGCAGUGUCUUAGGACUUGUAGUGUGUCUGAAAUGGUUAUCACCUCACCCUGAUGCUCUGAAACUUUGAUAAACAAUUAUUUAUUUGGUUAACUAAAGUGCUGUGGGUUUGGGUUUUUUUGGUUUUGGUUUUUUGAGUGUCCAUACUUGUGGCUCUAUUUAAGAUGAACCUACUGCUGUAUUUUAAUGUGAGCAAUAGACAUCAGAUAUUUUAAUAAAAAAGUGGAAUCAAAA